GCCAGAGCUGCUAUUGCUGCCACUUGGAAAGCCAAAAAGCCUCCGCUGAUGCUCGUGGCGGCUGCUCUUUCCGUUUCUUUUCAAUCCAUCGAAACUUUCCUCACUUUCAGCUCUUUCCACUGUAAUACCAGACCAGAUUCCCUGUGAGUCCUGACCCAGCGAUUCACAUGUGCUGCAAUGGUGACAUAAACUAUGGACUGAGCCUGCAACACCCACCGAUUCUCUCCCCCACGCCCCUCUCUCUCUCCACGGCCCCUGCUCGCCCUCUCUUUUAUGGUGCUUCUCUUGGGACCAUCUGAGGCAAGUCGAGGCAGCAUGAGUUUUAUCAUGAAGCUUCACAGACACUUCCAAAGGACGGUCAUCCUGCUGGCCACGUUCUGCAUGGUCAGCAUCAUCAUCUCCGCCUACUACCUGUACAGCGGCUACAAGCAGGACAAUGAGCUCUCGGAGAUGGCCUCGGAGGUGGACUGCGGGGACUUCCAGCGCCCGCCCGACAGGCUGACGGAGGUGAAGCCAGUGAGGCCGUCGGAGGCCUGGAGGACAGACCUCACGGUGCUGGUGUUCGUGGAGAGCCAGUACUCGCCCCUGGGCCAAGACAUCAUCACGGUUCUGGAAUCCAGCAGGUUCCAGUACCACGUGGAAAUCGCUGCCGGGAAGGGCGACCUCCCGGCGCUGACGGAGAAGGUGAGGGGCAAAUACGUUCUCAUCAUCUAUGAGAAUAUUUCAAAGUACGUCAACAUGGACUCGUGGAACCGCAGCCUUUUGGAUAAAUACUGCCUAGAAUACGGUGUGGGCGUUAUUGGCUUCCACAAGGCCAGCGAGAAAAACCCGCAGAGCCUGCAGCUGAAAGGCUUCCCCUUCUCCAUCUACGGGAACCUGGCGGUCAGGGACUGCUGCAUCAACCCGCAUUCUCCCCUGCUCCACGUGACCAAAUCGUCCAAGCUCGAAAAGGGUUCCUUACCUGGCACGGACUGGACCGUGUUCCAGAUCAAUCGCUCAGCCUACCAACCCGUCAUCUUUGCCAAAGUCAAGACUCCGGAAAACCUGUCUCCUCCCAUCUCCAAAGGUGCUUUCUACGCCACCGUCAUCCACGACCUGGGGCUCCAUGACGGCAUUCAGCGGGUCCUUUUCGGCAAUAACUUGAACUUCUGGCUGCACAAGCUCAUCUUCAUCGACGCUGUUUUCUUCUUGUCAGGGAAGAGACUGACUUUGACUUUGGACAGGUACAUUCUCGUGGACAUUGAUGAUAUUUUUGUGGGAAAGGAGGGAACAAGAAUGAAUACCAAUGAUGUGAAGGCCCUACUUGAUACUCAGACUCUUCUGCGUGCACAAAUUGCAAAUUUUACUUUCAACCUGGGAUUUUCAGGGAAAUUUUACCAUACAGGGACUGAAGAGGAGGACGAAGGAGAUGACCGUCUUCUGGGCUCCGUGGAUGAGUUCUGGUGGUUUCCGCACAUGUGGAGCCACAUGCAGCCCCACCUCUUCCACAAUGAGUCAUCCUUGGUGGAGCAGAUGAUCCUCAACAAAAAAUUUGCCUUGGAGCAUGGGAUUCCAACCGACAUGGGCUAUGCCGUGGCCCCUCACCAUUCUGGUGUCUAUCCUGUACAUGUUCAGCUGUACGAGGCCUGGAAGAAGGUUUGGAAUAUCAGGAUCACCAGCACUGAAGAAUAUCCACAUCUGAAACCAGCUAGAUACCGGAAGGGCUUCAUCCACAAAAACAUCAUGGUUCUUCCAAGACAAACCUGUGGACUUUUCACUCACACAAUUUUCUACAAAGAGUAUCCUGGAGGUCCUAAAGAGCUGGACAAAAGUAUCCAAGGAGGGGAACUAUUUUUCACUGUGGUCCUCAACCCAAUCAGCAUAUUCAUGACCCACCUGUCCAACUACGGAAAUGACCGACUGGGACUGUAUACGUUUGUAAACCUGGCCAACUUCGUGCAGAGCUGGACCAACUUGCGACUUCAGACGCUGCCUCCUUUACAGCUGGCUCACAAGUAUUUUGAGCUCUUUCCUGAUCAAAAAGACCCUCUCUGGCAGAAUCCUUGUGAUGACAAACGCCACAGAGACAUUUGGUCUAAAGAAAAAACCUGUGAUCGCUUACCAAAAUUCUUGGUAAUAGGACCCCAGAAAACUGGUACCACUGCUCUGUACUUGUUCCUGGUUAUGCAUCCUUCCAUCCUUAGUAACUCCCCCAGCCCAAAAACCUUUGAGGAGGUACAGUUCUUUAAUAGAAAUAACUACCACAGGGGGAUUGAUUGGUACAUGGAAUUCUUCCCUGUUCCAUCCAAUGUGACCACUGACUUUCUGUUUGAGAAGAGUGCCAACUAUUUCCACUCAGAGGAAGCACCUAAAAGGGCAGCUUCUCUGGUUCCCAAGGCCAAGAUCAUCACCAUCCUCAUUGACCCUUCGGACCGAGCGUAUUCCUGGUACCAGCAUCAGCGAUCGCAUGAGGACCCCGCCGCGCUCAAGUUUAGCUUCUACGAGGUGAUCUCAGCCGGGCCGCACGCCCCCUCGGAUCUCCGAGUCUUGCAGAAGAGGUGCCUGGUGCCAGGGUGGUACGCCAGCCACAUCGAGAGAUGGCUCAUCUAUUUCCCGCCCUUCCAGUUGCUAAUUAUCGAUGGACAGCAGCUAAGGACUGAUCCUGCUACAGUGAUGGAUGAAGUGCAAAAGUUUCUAGGUGUCUCACCGCAUUAUAAUUACUCAGAAGCCUUAACGUUUGAUUCUCAUAAAGGUUUCUGGUGUCAAUUGCUGGAAGAAGGAAAAACAAAAUGCCUUGGAAAGAGCAAAGGAAGAAAAUACCCCCCGAUGGAUUCUGAUAGCAGAGCCUUUCUUUCAAGCUACUACCGAGACCACAACGUGGAACUGUCCAAGCUUCUGCACAGACUGGGGCAGCCCCUGCCGUCCUGGCUGAGACAGGAGCUGCAGAAAGUGAGAUAGCAUCACGAGAGAACGUCGGAGACACCUUCCGC